AGUUGCGCUCUGAAUUUUAACCGCCGGAGAACAAAUCAAAGAGUGUAAGAAGUCUUACAGCGGACAACGCCCACCGAUGUGUCUGUCUGACCCCAAAGUUACUAUUUCGGGCUUUUGAAGAAUACAAAAUAGUGCGCGGUGAGCUUUGCGUCAAGCAGCGCGCUGACUCGCUCUGCGCAUUUCUGGACAGGUUCAGUCGUGAGCGCGGAAACGUCACAUCAAGUGUCUCAAUAAUAAAACGUUCGAUUGAUGAGGCUCGUUAUUUUCACUCCUCGAGACAUUUAUGAGCACAUUUGACCUAAUUCUUCGACAUCGUGUCAGGAGCACAAGUCUUCAUUCUCCACAGCUGUUUUUCCUAACCUAAAGGGCAGCUUUUGUGUCCUCUGUACACUGCCCUGAUCUCCUUUCACACCUUUAAUUGUCAGGACCACCACAACACGGCACAACCAUGCCAAAAGGCAGCAAAGUGACUCAGCGCGAGCACAGUAAUGAGCAUGUCACAGAGUCUGUGGCUGACCUUCUGGCGCUGGAGGCUCCCAUGGACUACAAGACCAGCCAGAUGAGCAUGAACAUGGCAGGAGGAGGUCCUCCGCCCAUAGGCAAACCAGACAUCUCUCCGGACCUGGAGGAUGGUCGUCCUGCGUGGAACAGUAAGCUGCAGUAUAUCCUUGCUCAGGUGGGCUUUUCGGUGGGCCUGGGCAACGUGUGGCGUUUUCCUUACCUUUGCCAGAAGAAUGGAGGAGGUGCCUACCUUGUCCCAUACUUCAUCCUCCUUAUCCUUAUUGGCAUCCCGCUGUUCUUCUUGGAGCUGGCGGUUGGCCAAAGGAUCCGUCGCGGGAGCAUCGGCGUGUGGAAUUACGUUUAUCCACGACUCGGUGGUAUCGGAGUGUCCAGCCUGAUGGUGUGUGGUUUCGUGGGUCUGUACUAUAACGUGAUUAUCGCCUGGAGCAUCUUCUACUUCUUCCAGUCGUUUCAGUACCCCCUACCCUGGAGUGAAUGUCCCGUCAGAAUAAAUGGCAACCAAACAAUUGUGGAACCCGAGUGUGAGAAGAGCUCAGCGACCACAUACUUCUGGUACCGUGAGACCCUGAAUAUCACCAGCACAAUUGCAGACAGCGGGGGUCUGAACUGGAGAAUGACUCUAUCGCUGCUGGCUGCCUGGUUUAUUGUCUGUUUGGCUGUUAUAAAGGGCAUUCAGUCUUCUGGGAAGGUGAUGUACUUCAGUUCUCUGUUUCCAUAUGUGGUCCUCUUCUGUUUUCUGGUGAGGGGGAUGUUUCUUAAAGGAGCGGUGGACGGAAUCGCUCACAUGUUCACCCCCAAGCUGGAGAUCAUGUUGGAGCCGCAGGUGUGGCGGGAGGCUGCCACUCAAGUCUUCUUUGCUCUUGGUUUGGGCUUCGGAGGCGUCAUCGCCUUCUCCAGCUACAACAAAAUAGACAACAACUGUCAUUUCGACGCCGUUCUUGUGUCCGUCAUCAACUUUAUGACCUCUAUACUGGCCACACUGGUGGUGUUCGCUGUGCUUGGCUUCAAAGCUAACAUCAUGAACGAAAAAUGUGUGGUCGAGAACGCUGAAAAGAUUCUAGGCUACUUGAACUCAAAUGUGUUGAGUCCAGAUCUCAUUCCCCCUCAUGUGAACUUCUCCCAUCUCACCUCAUCUGAUUAUGCCGAAAUGUACGGCGUGAUCAAGAUCGUCAAGGAAGACACUUUUGAGCAGAUGGGACUGGAACAGUGUUUGCUGGAGGAUGAGCUCAAUAAGUCGGUUCAAGGCACUGGAUUGGCCUUUAUUGCCUUCACAGAGGCCAUGACCCACUUCCCAGCUUCUCCGUUCUGGUCUGUUAUGUUUUUCUUCAUGUUAAUUAACCUUGGCCUGGGCAGCAUGAUUGGCACCAUGACUGGCAUCACCACACCCAUUCUGGAUACCUUUAAAAUCCGUAAAGAAUUUCUCACAGUGGGCUGCUGUAUUGUGGCAUUUUUCUGCGGCUUGCUGUUCGUCCAGCGUUCAGGGAACUAUUUUGUAGCCAUGUUCGAUGACUACUCCGCUGGUUUGCCUCUUACCAUCGUGGUGAUCUUGGAAAAUAUAUCUGUAGCCUGGAUCUAUGGCACCAAGAGAUUCAUGCAGGAUCUGGAAGACAUGCUGGGUUUCAGACCUUACGCUGUUUACUUCUACCUGUGGAAGUACGUGUCUCCGGUGUGUCUGCUCAUACUGAUUUCCGCCACCGUUGUGGAGAUGGCCAUCACCGCUCCAGGAUACAACGCAUGGGUGCAGGAACUGGCCGCCGAGAGGUUUCAAAGUUAUCCUCCUUGGGCACUAGUGAUGUGUUUUGCUCUCAUUUUUGUGGCCAUGCUUCCUCUUCCGUUGGUCUUCAUCGCCCGUCACUAUAACUGGCUCCCCGAUGGCUCCAACAAGCUCUCCGUCUCCUACCGCAAAAGCUUGGCAAAGGAGGCCUCCAACCUUGAAGAUGAGACCAGGUUUAUCCUGGGGAAGAACCCAAGCGAAGCUCCUUCUCCCAUGCCCGGUCACCGGGCUUAUCUGGGCCCAGGUAGCUCCUCUCCUGUGGAACUCAUCACCAACUCUACCUCCAUCAGCGGCUAUGGCAGCAGUUACCAGACCAAUCCGGCCCCACCCAAAUCUGAGUCAUGAUCCUGCAACCCGCCGACCACAGACUGAGAUGUAAAGAGUGAGAAACAUACCGAAUGAAGAAGGUCUUAGUGUUGGUCACAUCUUAACCCAAACCAUCCAGUCGCAGCAUCCAUUUAUUCAUUUGGACUAAAGAUGUCAAUCUGAAGAUAAAAGAAUCCCGGGGUUACCGUAUCAGUCGCAUGAGUGAUUGUAGGAUGGUUUAUUUGGUGAGCUGGUGAGUUAUUUGUCUGAAGGUAAUAUUCUCAUAUACAACAUCAUUUGUUUUUUCAACUUAAUAGUUCUCACUGUUAAGGUGUUACCAAUACUUCUACUUAAGUGAUGCCAUUUUCAUUUAAACCCACUUUUAGAGUCAUACAAAACUCAGAGGGGGCUCAGAGAAUCUCAACUUUCACUUAUUAAUGGGUAUUCGAGCGUCACUGUUAAAUACAGACCACCUGACAGUAGAGCGUAUCGAUAGCUGUGAUUUCUGUUACUGACUGAAGCGUAUGUUCAGUGUUAUAGAGUUUACAGAUUUUGCACAACAGUUUGUCACGUCCACAUUUUACCACAAGAGGGCGACAUAUGUAUUUCAAACACAACGCACAUUGUCUCAGUGCAGUAUCAAAUAUAUACAGUAUCAUUGUCAGGGUCAGGUCAUGUGUAAUAACUUAACUUAAUAGAGUAUAUUAUACUUUUUUUGUAAACGAAACUAAUGUGACUGCCUGAUGAGAGGAAUUGAAGUCGUUUUAAGGAUGCAAUAAGGGGGACAGUUUAAGCCAAGUAAACUCCACCAAGCACAAUAGCUUACAUUUUUUGACCAAAAAUGUUAUGUAGUGGUCUGCAGUUGCAAUAAUGGAAUUGUUCCUAAAAGGCAUCGCUGGUAUUGAGUCUCUAAGCUGGAAAUGUGAUGCUUGGUGGAGAAUACUCAAUGAGGAUAACAUUAUUCCCAAUGAAAUUGCUCAUGAAGACAGCAAGUGCACGUUUCUGAUAGAAUGGCACCUAAACCACUGUAUUCACAAGUUAGUUUGCUUACAGGGUUUACAAAUGCCAAUGUUUUAUUAUUUAUAUCAGGUUUACUGCACAGGGAAUAAUUUGGCCCAUGUUUAACACUGUCCAACAAAUCAAAUGGAAAACACGGAUUCCUGCACACUACCUUAAUUGCAAAAACAUUUUAAUUCUAUCCAAGAUUUAUCAUUUCUGUUUAUUAUUAUAAACUCUAUUCAUUAACAAACUGGACACCAUGGAACAUACAGAUGUUCAAAUACUUUUUAAAAGUUAAUGUAUAUUAAACUAAUGUAGAAAAGGGAGAUCCGUUUUCUCGAGGAACCAAAGUUUAGUCGGUUUUGGUUUGCGUAAUGUGUCGUUCCUUUACGUGUUGUUUAGAGUGAAUACAGUGAAGACUGCCUAAUGUAAACGUAAACUGCUGCCGUUAAAUGCUCACUGCCUAGUCUAAACAAUACUCUUCUUUUUAGCUAAGCCUAUGUGCUCCUAUUGAUACUCUGCUCCCAUUGAAAGAGAUUCACCUUAGUAUUUAUUCCCAUCAAAAUCCAUUCGGGGAGCAGAGAGCUGAGGAAGGAUACGAAUAAUAGAGCAGCAGAGGAAAUGUGUUCUUUAAUGAAACGCCGAUGUAUAAAACAGCAAAGCGUUUGAUCAUCCAGCUUUUGCGUCUGUCACUAAAGGUGCGGAGGUAAAAAUAGACACAGACCGGUUACCCAGGGGAACCUGUGGCAGAGAGACAGCGCGGCUGCAUGGUAAUGAGACCUUGGGUUGGUGGGUGUGGGUUGAGGAGAGGCUUCUAGAUGGUCAUAUAAGCGCUCUCUGGUAUCCCUAGCAACCAUUUUCAUGACAAAAAGGGGACAAUUUAUUUACAAGCUACUGCCUUUUUGGCCCGCACUUAAAACAAGAUGGAUUGUAGUGCCAUUUCUUGAAAUAUUCAUUAGAGAUAUGAAGCCAUUCUUCCAGAAUAGACAUUUUUUAUUCAGGAUGCCUGUUUAACAUAGUCAGAUGAGAUUGUCAAUAGAGCACAUAGAGCGGUUAGAACUCAGCACAGUAACUUUAUUGGCAUCAGAUUUUUACACGCAGUGUGUUUGUUUGUAGUGUGUACUUGUGCAGCGAGUGGUGAAGUAUAAAAUGUCAAUGUUGUCCUGCAGUAGCACAAUAUGUUCACAGGGUGUCGCUGUUUCCCGCUGAUUAGUGAGUUGAAGGUGUGGCCUCUGCAUUACCAUAGACAAACUGCGUUGAGAGCUUUGACCUGUUGCUGCCUCCAUAUAGAGUACCUCAGAGAUGACAUGAAGGCCAACCCGGAGGUGUGCGCCGCACUGGUUCCCUCGAUCCAAAGCCUAUGCAUUUUUUUGAAGAUUGCAAAAAUAUCUGUAUUAAAUAAGGUUCAUGUGGUUUUGUGUUUCAAGAUAAUCUUACAAAUGAAUAUAACAUCUGCCAAACUUUAUUAUAAACAUGUUCACUUGUAAGUAAUUGCUCAGUGAAUGAGAUUUGUGUCCAUGUCGCAUUAUUUUUAAGAUUUAUAUGGGGCGAUGGAACCGGAUAAGCUAAAAUGCUUAUUCUCUUCCAGGGUUUGUGUACAAAGAUAUGUCAUCUCUUCUGUACUCUAUUGGACAGCGCCAGACAAGUGAACAUAGGUGUUUUUUCUGGACAAAAUCAGCCCAUUUCAAUAUUUGACAUGCAAUUCCUGACAAAAAAAAAAAUGUUCUGACAAUACAUUUUUAUACAAAUUGGUUAAUAAAUUUCAACAUCAAAUGUGCUUUUUGACAGAAAAAUGCAGCUCUCACAUUCACAUGCAUUUAUAAGGCAGUGCCCUCCCCAAUUUGGUGGCACCAGUGACAAAAAACUGGAUAUGCAUGUCUAUGUAGGGGCGACCCCUCUCUGAGAUGAACAUUACAACCCCUGCUUAGCACAGCUGGUGCCUCUCUUUAUCUCAAAGACUUAUUUAAUGAUGAGUAUGAACGAAAUAUUGCUUGAUUUUUUAUUUACCAGUAGAAUUUGUGCACUUUAUCUUCUCCGAACAAGAGGUCCCAGAGCUGCACCGCAUAAGCACAAUGUAACACUAUGUCUGCAAUGACUUUUAUGCAUUUGGCAAAAGCUUUCAGCAAGUUAAAAUGAAAACGGGUCUUGCCUGGCCUUUACUUAUUAUAUAUACAUAUAUAUUGAACUCGAUCUAGUGAAAUUACAAAAUAAAGUGCAACCAAGUACAGUUUAUAACAAUUAGGAUAUACAAUUGCUUCCACACAUAUGUAAUAUUAAUUGACUUUUAAUUGACAGAUUUUCACCACUCCCAAUGUAAGGAUAAAAUAUUUUUGGGAGUCACCACAUCUCAUAUGCAGAUAAAGGUUCCAGUAACACCAAGUGAUUCGUUUUACAAAUUUUUGGCAGCUCAAAUGUCUCUACAAUGAAUUCAAAUGCACGGAAUCAGCAAAUAUUUGGAUAGAAUAUGACAAUAAAGUACUGUAGGACAAACACGUAGAACAAAUAAACUAUCAAAGCACACACUGCUCUCACCAGCAGAACAAGCAAAAUUAAGGACAUGCUCCUGGCGUUAUGUAAUGGCAUUAAUGUAUUAUUGCAUAAAAGCAAAAAAUGGCAACAUGGCAGUCCACACUGGUGUACCCACCCCACAUAACAUUUGUAUAAAUGUUUUGAAGCUGUAAGAAAGGAGUCUCAUAUCCUCAUUUUAAAAAUAUUUAGCAACAGUAGGUUAUUUAUAUACAUGUAAAUAAAAAUUAAACAAAAUAUUACCUUUAAUGGGCUGCAUUAGUACAGGCCGAGCACAACAUUCAGCAGAAGAUUUACAAGUAUCGAAACAUGCAUUGGGGAGCAUAGGGUGGGAGUUUCAAGUUAAAAACUGCUGACUAUGAAAUUUUGUUGGGAUGCAAUAAUAACAUUUCACUUUACAUUGAGAUAAUAAGCACAUGUACUAGUCAGAGCUAAUGGACAUACAAUACAGUACGGCUUACUUAUUAUUGUGCAUGUUACUUAUUAUUGUAAUGUGCAUGUGCUGUAACUGUAAUGUCACACUUAUAAAUGAGACAUUUUACAUAAGCGGGCGUGGCUUUCAAGAGGAUGGUGCGAUCUUUCCCCUUUUAGAGCUUAAAAUUAGCGGUCUCUCGCUACAAAACUGCUUAGCUUUAACACAUAAUUUCAAAUGUUUUCUGGUAGAGUUGCAUUUAAGAAGUCACAACAACCUUUACAGAUAUUGAUCAGACAACAGGGGAUAGUUCACUAAGCGUUGUAGACAAGAAUGCAUGGGACAUGAAUCUCAAACAGGCACAUUUUUAAUCCUUGGCACAGACUUGAUUGUAAGAGAGAUCAAAGUCGUUCCUGAAUUUAAGCACUUUUAGUUUGAUUUUAAAAAAUAUAUUUCUGCAGCUCUGAGACCUCUUUUUAUUUCCGUUCGUCCUUGUAGGCCUUUAAACGCUAAGCCAUUGUUUAGUUGACUGCAACUUUAUGAAAUGUACACCAAGCAUCUCUUCCUUUUCAAGAGGUGCUGGAUGCCAUAACAUAACAUAUGUGAGCAAUGUGCUAUACUGUAUAUUUAUGUACAUGUGAUUCUGAAUAGUAUAUCUGUAAAUAUUGGUGUAAAUUUUGUUAAAUGAAUAUCAAGAAAUAUAUGAAAGGCAAACAGGUGAAUUCUUGUAACACUGAUGUGUAUGAUAUUGUUGUACAGUUCAAACGUAGAAUAUCUGAAUAUUUUGUACAUUGUGUGUGUUCGUGUAUUUGUUGUGUAUGGGGUAGUGUCUGUGUUUAAGCGUGUGUGUAAAAAAAGCUGUUUAUUUUUGCUAUUUUGAUGUUUUGUGUUCCUAACUUUCCUCGAAUUUACCCCAAGUUUUUUUUUUUUUGUCUCGACCUACUGUGUUGGGGUUGCAACGCUCCUUUGUUAAAGCACUUUUUACUUUGCUUUUAAUGUGAACGUCAGAUUAAAUUUGAGAGAUGUCAGCUUAUCAGCACCUUCUGCUCCAUCGGCCUUAGUAUCUGUGAUGUUCUUGUUUGCUGCUUUUCAAAAGUCGAAAUGUUCACACUUAUAGGUUUCGUCUAGAUUCAGUGCAUUCAUUAUUAGUAGUGCUAGAUUACUGUAAAACACACAUAGCAGGGGCAUUCCACUCCUUGACUUGAACGUAUACAAGUACAAUGGAGGGAGGUCAAAAAUAGACUUUUGCACUCUGGAAGUGCUAUUUUAAUCAUUAGAAAUAUACUUGAUGUCAAUGUAAAUGUAUUUUUCAUCCCCCAGAGUACUGUAACAAUCAUUUUCAAGUUAUUUAGGAAGAAAAGCACUGAUGAAACGUGCACUACUACCCUCCGUAUGAAGUCUACACUUAUGUGCUGUGCUAGUCAUAGAUUUAUAAGCAAUAUUUUUGCAGGCAUUUACUUUGGUUGGAUGUUGGAUAGAAGGGACUGUUGUUACUUUGUGAAUUGCAGCAUCAGCGUGCCUCACUGUUGGAGAAGAGCAAUGCUCUUAUACUUUUGUCAAACCCUAUUCUGUUGGGUAAGAGCACAUUCAGAACACUAGCCACAGUAUACUGUUUGCUACUGUAUACAAGGACUAUUCUACGGUCUCUUAGUCAAUGUCAUUGAUAUUGUACAGUAUUUCCGAUACACUUGGAAAAAAGCUGAGUUAUGAAUAUUGAAUAUGGACCAUUAUAAAAACAAACAAUAAAAAGUCGGUUCACAU